AUGGAUACUCACGCCACUGGACUCCCAUCCAAAUCGAGGCCGCCAAGUUUGAUAUCUACAGUUUUUACAGAUGAUAACGAGACAAUAGAUAACGACUGGAACUGUGAAACCGACUGGGGGUAUCAAGCUAACUGGGAGCGUAACGCAUCUGACGAUGAGCCGGACGUUGGGGAUGAUGAUGAGUUUUGGGGGAAGGGUAAAGAUGACAGAAAUGAUGGCGAGAGGGAUGAUAAGCCGCGGGAUUUGGAUCCGGAAGGGUAUUUCGCUGGUAGUGAUGCAGCUUCCAUUUCUAGUCUAUCGCUUGAAUUUAGAGGUGCAAUGUAA